GGAGACUGAGGGGAGACCUCACUGCAGUCUACAACUACCUCAGGAGAGGCAGGUACCGAUCUCUUUGCUCUUGUGACCAAUGACAGGACUCAAGGAAAUGGCAUGAAGCUGAGUCAGGGGAGGUUUAGGUUGGAUAUCUGUGGGAUUGCUGGUGAGGGGUGUGCAGCAGCUGGCCCAGGCUGUGCUGCUGUUGGCAGGUGUCUUCCCCAGUGCCACAGCAUGUCACCUUGGUGGCAGCAUCAGGGAAAUGGCCAGCUCUGCAGUGUGUACAGCUAUCCCAAAAUGGUAGACUGAAUUUAACUCCACACAGCUCUGUCUUAUGGCAGAGGGUCCUGGGAAGAACCUCUAGAAUCGCUGCCCCUUUGCUGUGUCACCUCAUUGACCCAGUGUUUUCCUGCUGGAGAGGGACAAGCUCUGAGAAAGGUGGUAGGGAUUUAGCCACACUCCCUAAAUAACUUGUGUCUUCCUGUCUGGAGUGCAGCCUAAGGGUGUGAUGGUGCUUAUUUCUGGAGGGGUGAAGCACCUUAGCCAUGUGUAGGCCUGAAAGGAAGGGGGAGGGAGGUAGUGUGCAGCUUCAGAGCCUGGCUGCACUGGGCAUCUCUGGACACCGUACAAGAUGUUGGUGCAGAUUCUGGUACAAGAUGUCAGUACAAGAUUCCACUGCAGGUGUGGAAUUACAGUUGUUUAGUUUAGAGAUCGCUGUGGAAGAAUGAACGCUUUGCAUCAGUUUAGGUCCUUGCAAUCUCAAGGAGUUGACCUGUAGUCUUUUCUGAGGUCAAGUAUCGUUACCAAGUAUUUUCUCUUUAUUUUCUGUCACCAAAUGGGCAGGAGUCCAUUUCAUCAGGUAGUAGCACUUCUCUUGAAAAGUUACUUGUCUGUCUUUCCUGUCUUCUCCUUUUCAGGCUUUAAUGACCUUAUGCAGAUCACCUCCCCCCAGCUUCCUCUCCCCACAGCAGUGCUCCCAGCACUGCUCAGCACCGGCUUUCUCUUCCCUUUCUGGUCUCCUAAAGGAUGACUGGAGCAGAGGGCUUGAUUCCUGCUUGCCACCUCUUUAUGUUUUCUCUCUUGCUGCAUUUGCUUUCCCUGAUCUGUCUCAAGUCUUCUUGGUCACAGCUGAGCAAACCCUGCCAGGGGACAUCCCAUGCUGACACCUGCACCUCUUUAUUGGCAGAUUAGACUGUAUGACAGCUCACUGCAGCUUGCAGGCACUCUCUGCUGCAAAUCAUUCUAUCUGUCACAGCAAUACAGCUUGCACAGCACUUGUGCUGGAAGCUUGUGGAGCUCUGCCCUUGACUAGCCUGUAUGCUUGUUUUUCCUUCCCUUCUGCUGCUUAUCGCUGGUUCCUUCACAUUAACAAAUGUAUUAAAUAAUCUCUUGGGUAAAGAGAUGUGCCACUGCCAAGAAAUCCUUGACUUCUCUGUUUGUUGUAAUUAACCCUGUUCAGCCUUCUCCCACUGACUCCACCUGAGCAGGGUGGCUGGACCAGGCAAUCUGCAGAGGUCCCUCCCAGCCUCAACUGUUCUGUGACUGUCUGAUCCAGCAGUUCUAUCUCCCAUGCAGCUUUACUCAAGUUUUCAGCCUGGUACUGACAUAGAUUUGUCACCCUGGAAUGGCAAGUGCUGAGCAGCUGUGGCAGCUGGCUUGGCUGUGCGCGUGUGGGUCGGCACAGCCCAACUGCCUGGGCCAAAAGUCUGGUAUUGCCUGUUGCUUGGUCUCAGCAGAUGAGGGUGGAUGCUUUGGAAAGAGCAGGGCAAGUGUAUGUUAUCUGUCAUUUAAUGCUCCUCCUUGCUCUGACACUUGGUGCUAUGAGAGCCUCCAUGAGUCCCCAGCUGUUUGUUGAAUCCUGCAUUGUGACUGGCUCUUGUGGUUGCAGGAAGCUGCACACUGAGAUUUUGGGUCCACUCCUUUAGCCUAUUUCUUUCUCUUGACAUUGCCGGUCCUUAUCCCUGCUGUGUUGGUGCCUCCUGCACAGGGGCAGAAUGGGGUGGAUGCCUGGAGGCUCCUACAGUGUACUGGGACUUCUCUGGCUGGGCAGAGCAAGGCGAGCAGCGCAUGCACACUGGGACAUGUGGUUGAGUUGAAGAAGAGGGGCAAAUGGCUGCUGUGUGGACAGAAGUUGACUCUGCAUGUUGUAAAUAGGUACAUUACAGGUAAUUGUGAGUGUCCCAGGCCAGUUACACAGCAGGGAUGUACUUGCAUUGCAGCCAACAACCAUCUGCUCCCAUGGCUUUUGCACUGAUGUAACAGCUCCAGCUCUAUGGAAUUCCAGUUUUAGGUUUAAUUUUAUUAUCUCUUUGCUGCUUGUUCUUCAUAUUUACUGAUAACUCCCUUUCUCCUCCCUAUAAAUGACUUGCUGACGUUUGCCCUGAUCCUAUUCUCACUUUUUUUCCUUUCCUGAUAGAAGAUGACUUUUGAACCUUGCACCAUUUCCCUUCCCCUCCAGCCUUUGUUUCCUCAUGUCUGUGCUGGGAGAUGUUUGUACAGUGGCAGGUUUUGUUCUUGCAGUUUUAUCUGUGGUCUUUGUGUGCUGUGUCCCAGCCCUGACCAUUUGUUUUGAGCAUGCCCAGAACAAAUCCAGCCUAGGGCAUAUUAUGGUCCUCUUUGUGCCACUUUCUUCUUCUAUGAAUAAUCCACACAUUAAUUAAUCAAAACUCAGUUAGGAGCAAACCUUGAUCUGCUGUACUCCAGAGAAAGGUGUCCACUGGAUCACAUCACUGUCAUUGCAGCCAGCUCCUGUUCUUCUGGUGCUUUGCCUCUCAGGUCUCCUCCCUUCCUGAUCUACACCUCUGUAGCCUAUUCUUCCUAGCAGGAUUCAUAUAUUUUGGUUUCUAUCAUACAGAUUCUACUUAUUCUCUGCCUUUGUCCUUCCUGGGGGAGAAUGUCUGCCUUCCUUGAUUCGAACCCCUGUAGGUGAUGGGACUGUAGCAUGAGUUUGGCUUGUGCUGUGUCAUGAGGCCCUAUAGCUGGGUUGUAAUGGGAUGUCUGUCUCCCCCUGCAGCCUACGAAGCGGUGUCCCCUGCUAUGAUGCCAGGGCAGAUCCCCGACCCGUCGCUGACGGCUGGUGCGCUGCCUGGGCUUGGCCCCUUGACAGGUCUGCCUGGCACGGCCCUGACCGCCGAGGAGCUGAAGUGCGCCGACAUCCGCAACAUCGGGGCCAUGAUCUCGCCACUCCACUUCUUGGAGGUGAAGCUUGGGAAGAGACCUCAGCCUGUCAAAAGUGAGCUGGAUGAGGAAGAAGAGAGGAGGAAAAGGCGCCGGGAGAAAAACAAAGUAGCAGCAGCACGAUGUCGUAACAAGAAGAAGGAGAGGACAGAGUUCCUGCAGCGGGAGUCUGAGCGUCUAGAGCUCAUGAAUGCUGAGCUGAAGGCCCAGAUAGAAGAGCUGAAACAGGAGAGGCAGCAGCUCAUCCUGAUGCUGAACCGGCACCGUCCCACCUGCAUCGUGCGGACAGACAGCAUCAAGACGCCCGAGAGCGAAGCCAACCCACUGCUGGAGCAGCUAGAGAAGAAGUGAAGGUGGCACUGGGCCAGGAGGAGGAGACAGUCGUGCAGGGUCUUCCAGGGUCUCUAAUGUAUGUACUGUAUGAAGAAUUGUGCACCCAGGCCUGGUGCAGCCUGGACCCAGUGGGCUUCCUUGGGAACUGUGGACCAAACAUGGGAACAGAGAAGAUCAGGAACCCGCCAACCAUGUACUCUGAGGCUGAACCUGGGAGCAGGGCUGGUGGUGCCAGUGAGGGCAGCCUCCCUGUGAUACCUCAUCACAGCCCUUCAGCCUGCUCUCAGCUCUGGGACCCACGAUGGCACAGCAUGUCCUGCAAGGACUACGCAGCCCGUGGGUAGUGGGGCUGCAAGCUGAGGAGCGGCAGCUAUGCAGUGCCCACCAGCACCCUGCCCAGAGGCUGCUGCCGCUCCUGGCGCACGCUCCGGAGGGAAACCCAAACCCAAGACCCACAAACACUUGAUGCAGCCCCAUCUGGUGGGCAGGCCUGUCGGGGCUCGGUGGCGCAGGCGCCCCCCACAAGCACACUCAGUAUAAUGUUUACAGCCCAGCUGUCCGUGCCGGCCGUGCUUUUGAAUGCACAUUUUUACACUUUUUUAAAGUAUUUUUUACAAAUUUUUUAUACAGUGAUCUCUAUAUGGAUUUAUAUAAUCACUAGAUGUGAUCCCAUAGAAAUGUAUGUUAUAAUGGUCUGUUUGUUACAAACACAUACGCCACAGUUAUCUCCAUUGUGUUACUUGUCUGGUAGCAUCCAGCCCCUUUCCUGGCAUGCUGGGAAGGGGGUCCAAGCUGCUCUCUGCAGUGGUGUUGCUACCCUCUCCAUCCAUGUAUGUCCUUCAUAAUAUUCAGUUCUGUAUCUCUCAGUAAAUGUUACCUUUGCGUA